AUGGCAGGUCCACCACCACCAAACAUGGGCUCUAUCAACAGAGAAUCAUUCCAUGCAGAUGGCCCUCCACCUUCAUAUUCAGAGACAGAUAUCUACUCUGCCACCACUCGCUCUCCUCAGGUUCCUCCUCCUACCUUUUCCGCCGCCGGUCCCGGCUCUGGAUCCGGCCACGGCCCCGCAGCUCCGGGUGACAAUAUCGCAUUCCCAAUGUCACCUACUUCAACCACUGGAUCAGUCAUCUACACUCCCCCAGAUACGCCUCAAACAGUGACUUCAAAUAUCGAGAAACCACAACAACUGUUGCGUGAUCGCAUAGCCUGUGCCACACGCUACUUUGAGACCCGAUCGUAUUUACCUUCAACGCCUCGUGCGUUAGAAUAUAGCCUUACUGUUACCCCGGAUUCUGUACCUGCCGAUAUCCCUUAUCCUGAAAACUGGGCUGCGCACGAUGUUACGGCUCAGGACUGGGCUACAUUUGUCAACUUCCUCCUCCCUGAUCAUGAUUCAGUAAAGAACGAAUCGAUUUUUGGUGGAGAGGCAAAGAGUGAAGAUGGCUCUGAUGCCAAGUCUGCCACUUACAAUGCAAACACCAGACCAGAGAGACAAGCUGCUGAUCCCAGUAAGCGGCACCUAUUCCGUAAAGAAGCUGAGGCUACAGUGUACCAUUGGAACACUGGCUUCUUCACACCCCGAGGGGUAGUCGUGUUAUUUGUGCCUGGGGAACCAGUGCAUAUGCCCGGAGGACAAGAGGCGGCACGUAACAACCCUCUAGAGGAGAUCCCGCAGGUUGGGGCCUCGUACCAGAGAGAAGCGAUGCCGCAGCGCAGAGAUGGACGUUUCCAAGGCGGUUGGGGAGGCCCGAGGAUGAAUGAUGGCAGCAUUCGACAAGGAGACAGAUUUGUCGUUGAUGGCAAUGGGAUUCGAAUUGGAGAUCUGCACAUAGACAGCAGAGGUAUUCGAAUGGGUGAGCAGGGCGCGGGAGAUGCAUGGCUUUUUGGACCUGGGCGUGGGCGUGGACACAUGCAUGCACCUCGGGGACGAGGACUCCAUAACCACCAUCACGGAGCUCGCAAUCACUCUUCCUCGACAUCUUCAUCAUCCUCGUCUGAUUCUUCUUCAAGCUGCGAAUCCAUUGGUUCACUUCCAGAUCACGACGACAUCAAAGACGAGCAAUUGCCCUUCUACAUCGCCCGUGUCGAGCAAUGGAUCGCCAACCCUCACGAGGUGCGCAGCAAGGCGGAUGUCAAACAGCUCAAGGCAGAGUUGAAAGCAGGGAAGAGGAACACAGCCCCCCUUGACCCAAACAUCGACCGAAAGGAACUCAAGAAACAGAGCAAGGCUGUCGCGCAUCAAUGGAAGAGUCUGAAGCGCGAUCAGAAGAGGGGAAAGAAGGAACGGAAAAGGGCGGAGAAGGAAGCGAAGAGACGGAUCAAGAGAGAGCUGAGGGAAUCCCGCAGAGAUUGUCGGAGAGAGCAAAAGGGUCGAGGAAGAGGCCGAGGUCGUGCGAACCCGCCUGGGGUUCCUGGAUUUCCCUCAGUACCGUCCAAUUAUAUACCAGGCUGGGUACAAUCCCAUACUGAUCAUGUUCCUAUCCCUCCACAAGGUCGUGGGGAUCCUUGGGGAUGA